AUGAUGAUUAAUGGGCCCGAGACCAUGGAAAAGCGCGGUUCCGAAGGUAUAGUUCAUGGCCAUAUCCACAAUUACGAUAACAUGACCUAUAUUCAUGGUCAUGUUCAUCAUACCUCAGCGAGUGGUAUCGCGGAGGGCUAUGACACUGGGCCUGAAUUGGCACCAAGUCCAAACCAGACAUUUACCGCAAAUCAGAUGUCAUUAUCAAAGAGUAUGGAUAAGAGCGCUGACUGCAGAUAUUUCCAAAUCAUUAAUUUUCACCAGAAUAAGAUGCUCAGCAGCGAGGCAGGAAAGGAACCGGGAUUCGGAAUGAAUAAGGUCGACGAUCUUCGAAGCACUCCUCAAACUUCUCGUUAUAAUGACGAUUUUUUACUGCUGCCGCGCAGGAAGAGGAAACUGUCGAAUAAUGCAACUGAUGAAAAUUGCGAGUGCCCUCCAAAAGUUCUCGAGAUCUGUUGCGAUAUGCAGCAUUCAUCGAGUAAAGGGGAGGAAAAGGACAAGGUAGCGCCAGAAGCGCUACCGACGGUCAAGAAUGAGGAAACGCCUCGAUAUAGAGCAGAUAAUAGUCAAUUCUUUCCAUCGCCCAUGAUAAACGAUGACAACGGUUCAAACUUCAAUUUCAAUCAACUUCUCCCCAUUGACUGUGAGAUGCCAUGCCAACAAGCGCCCAAAGCAUACGAUUCGGAGAGCGAAGAGGAUGAAAAUAAGGAUGAAGAUAUCUUUGAGAAGUUCUGCAAAGAAUGCCUAGAUCUUGGCCAUGAGCCGAAACACCUGAGCAGUUCGUCAAACGGUCACGACGACCAAGAUAAUGCAACACACGUUCAUCACUCUCAUCAUCACAAUCACUCAACUGUCUCAGGCAAGCAUGCUUUUGACACGCCUUUAUCUACUGCAUCCACGACUAGUGCAGAAGAAUCACUACCGUCGUUGCCCCGUAAAGAGCAGCACAACUGUGCACAGCCAGAGACAACCUGCGAUACGCCGAUGAAAAACUCCUCAGGCCAUGUAGCGAACUCCCAGAUUGAUCUGAAAAUUUUAAAUGAUUUAUGCAAUAUCUCUUCGCUUUAUGAGUUCCCGUUUGCCAAUCACAUGAAUCACCAUAAUCACAAUCAUGAACAUAAAGAAAAUGAAUGCAUAAAUUUGCUAGAGUCAUCAAUCAAUGACACAGGCAAUUCCCUCUAUGAGUUGAAUGAAAACAGCUCUCAGAAUCACCAUCAUCACAGAGUACAAUUGCAUGGUCAUAUGGCCAAUUGUCAUUCCACAACCAACACGCCCAAGCUCGGCUCGCAGUGGAAUGACAAGAGUUUUAGUGGUGAAAGAUCAACAAUUCCCGAUAAUGCUGUGAAACUCGAGGAUUCAAAUAUGGUAAAUCCGACUGUUAAGUCAGUGGACUGUUUUGGUAUAUCACAGGAGUCGAAUACCAUUGCGUUCAAUUGGGCUUUCAAGAACGAGGACAAUGCAAUCAAAUGUGAAUGGGACCAAUGCCCCGAAUCCUACUCCAAUUUGAUAGAUUUACAGAAGCAUAUGCUCAAAGAUCACGUUGCCGACGAGGAUGCGUCCUGUAACUGGGUUUCAUGCGCAUUCGAAGGUGAAGAUACUUGCUCUUUGAUUAACCACAUCAAUACCAAUCAUGGCAUCAAUUUUGGUAUGAAUAUUGCAGACAACAGUUCUUUGCUGGAACAGAGAAGACAGGACAGAAUUCAGAACAUUCCGCAGCCUAAAUCACAAUCCUCCGACAACAUUCCCUAUUUUGCGUGUAAGUGGGGUGAUUGCACGGAAGUGUUUGAUUCUGCUGCGGCGUUAACCACACACUUGGAAGCUUUACACUUAGAGAAGGGCAAAUCAGAGUAUCACUGUCACUGGCAUGGUUGUGACAAGCGUUUCGCUCAAAGGCAAAAGCUUGUACGUCAUCUCAAGGUUCAUUCAGGCUAUAAACCAUACAAAUGUCAGGAUUGUGGUAAGUGUUUUUCAAGUGAGGACACCUUGACUCAACACAAGAGAACGCAUUCAGGAGAAAAACCAUUUGAAUGUCGCAUUUGUGGCAAAAGAUUUGCAGUCUCAAGUUCUUUGAAGAUCCACAUCAGAACGCAUACAGGAGAGAAGCCGUUACAGUGUAAGAUAUGUGGAAGGAGAUUUAGUGAAUCAUCAAACUUGAACAAACAUAUGAAAUCUCAUCAGAAGAAAUACAGCUGUGUUCAUUGCCAACGAGGCUUUGAUGAUGCCGAAAAGUGCAAAACACAUCAAUCUAAAUGCUUCAAAGACAGGUAA